CGAAUGUCAGAACUGAACUGUUGAUUGUCAUUGCUGAGACACCUCUGUGUUCCUCCCAGGUAACAGAUUUUGGUUUUGCAAAGCGAGUGAAGGGCCGGACCUGGACYCUGUGUGGCACUCCGGAGUACCUGGCCCCCGAAAUCAUCCUUAGCAAAGGUUAUAAUAAGGCGGUGGACUGGUGGGCUCUGGGCGUGCUGAUUUAUGAGAUGGCUGCUGGCUAUCCUCCCUUCUUCGCUGACCAGCCCAUUCAGAUCUAUGAGAAGAUUGUAUCAGGGAAGGUGCGKUUUCCCUCCCACUUCAGCUCGGACCUGAAGGACCUGCUGAGGAACCUGCUCCAGGUGGACCUGACCAAGCGCUUCGGCAACCUGCGCAACGGAGUCAACGACAUCAAGGGCCACAAGUGGUUCGCCACCACUGACUGGAUUGCCAUUUACCAGAGGAAGGUGGAGGCACCGUUUAUUCCCAAGUGCAAAGGCCCCGGUGACACCAGCAACUUUGACGACUAUGAGGAAGAGGAAAUCCGAGUCUCCUUCACAGAGAAAUGUGGCAAGGAGUUUGCCGAGUUCUAGGCCCAACCAGGAGUAGCGGAAAGAGCCAGGGAUGUAGAGAGAAAAGGCGGGAACAGAAGGAAAUGGGAGGAGAGGUGAUAAGCUGGACUGCUAACUUGCAUUUUGUAAUUACGACAUCAACAAUGUAACAACCCCACCCCCCAAAUGAAGAGCGAGGGGGAAAAGAACGAGAGAAAAGACCUGAAAGAGCCAGCAGUGUUGCCUUUUCUGAUUGUUUCUCACCUUGUUACUUAUCCAUGUCCUGUUUUCCCUCUUGUGUUUGUGGCAAGGGUAGAAGGGGCAGGGGCUAACCACCUCUCUUCAGUUGGUUUGUAUCUUGGCAGAGGUGUAGCGACACAUUUUGAGUCAUUGCAGGCAGGUUGAGGCAUCGCUGUUCUGGUACUGAAUCUAGGCUCCUCCUGAGUGGGUCCUCUCUACAAGCUUCUCAAUGAAUGAGGGCAUCUCAUUGUUGUUUUGUAAUUGUCAACCCACUCCUAUCUUGUUACCCCAAUCUCCCCCCUCUGUCUCUCCAUCCUGACUCUGUCCAAGCAAUACCAAGUCCAACAGACGUGCCUAUCAUAAUGCCAACUGGUUGCAAAACCGUGUCGAAAGCAUUGGUGCAGAGCUUUGGCUAUUGGUGGCAUCAGCCCUUGUGCCCUUUCUAGUUGAAAGCUUGACACUCUCUGCACACGCCUUCUGUCCGCUCGUUGUGGCAUGAUUAUUGGUUUCAGAGGAUUCUCUCAUCGCUUGCAGUUCAAGCAGUGCUGACCACUUUUUGAUCAGAGAAACAAUGAUUUAUCUCUUUUCAUUUAGGUCUUACUACCUUUUUUUUCGGGACCUGUGAAAUUGUGUACAUGAGCAUUUCUAAUGUUAAUUAAGUCUGUCUUUUCCUCUUCAACUGAAUUUAUUAGAGCAUUUUAAAACCCUUUGAGGAUCAUUGUGUCCUCAAGUCAAUCUGUGCUUGUGUGUUAGUAUUGAAGGGUGGGUUAAAAAGCAGUGACUAACAUAAUGAUCACACACUCUUCUCUGACUAGUGUUUAUUUAACUCAUAGCACAUUUAUACAUGUAUGUUGAUAUAUUAUAGAAAAACGUGAAUAUUCAUCUUUUUUCCAAAAUUCUCUUAGCUGUGAAACCGAAAUGAAGAUUUCAGAAAUAAACAAACAAGUAUGAAUUCUGCCAAAUUCGCAAAAGUAAGGACAUUGCUUACGCAGACAUGUUUGUCAGUUAACUAUGAAGGUGGUGGUUUUUAAUGCGCAGGAAAAAGUAGCAAAAUGAUGCAUGUUAUUUUUGUACAAUAUCACUUUUAAAAGAAAAGAUGUGAAAGGAUGUAAAGCUCUGGUCGUGGUGAGGUAUCUGAAAUUGUUCAAACUGACUCUCACCUGCCCCUUUUGUAGGAUGGAUCAAGGCCUGCUUUUUAUCUGCCAGAAAUCAUGUUGUCAUUUCGUUCAGUUAGAUGUGAACGGUUAAUGCUGAUUUAAUCAUGUUAAUUCACCAGCUCUGUUCAACCUGCUGCUGGCCUGUUUACUCCUACAUCCCCUGAAAUCAUCAUCUUCAAAUGGACACUCACAAUGUAUGACUGUUGGAAGUCAGGAUGUACAUUUGUCAAAUUAUUUUCCUUUUCAUGAGAAAUUUAUAACAAUCUGAUUUAUGGAUUUUGAAAAGCUAUCCUGUAAUUAUUUUAUUUGCAAUGUCAUAUUUUUGGAUGCAAGACAAUCGCAGCCCAAAUCUCACCAAUGGCUGGUUUGUAGACAGGUGUGAUGACGCAACACAUUGACAUGGUUUAGUUGAUUUUCAACAAGGUUUUGUUUUCCCACAAGCUUUUAUUUAGGGUAAUAAGGUUAUAUUAAUUUCCUAUGUAAACACAAAAUGUUGUGAUUCGGACCCCCACUAGCCUUCAUUAGGCACCACACCUUGUGCACCUCUUGCAAAUGCAUUUCUUGUGUUUAAUAAUAUACAGUAUUUAUCCUUCAAUCAGUUUUGUCAUUAAGUCUAUUGUAGUAUGGCUUAUUUCUACCGAAUGUUCACAAUCAAAUUUUUGAAAAUGAUUCUUUGGCAGUCCUAGAGGUUGCAUCUGAAUGUCUGGUAAGAAGGCUACUUUACAGAAGAAAAUAAACGUAUCGAGUGGAGAUACAGACUUCCAAACUUGUGCUCUAUGAAGAGAUGUUAUGUAUUUUAAAUCACGGUUCUUGCAUGUGACGAAAAACAAAUGCAAGAUGUCCAAGACCUAUGACAUGUUUUAAUGACUGAGAUUUGCAUCCAUUCAUAUACCACAACCAACUGAUACUUUCAUUGUUUUGCAUCCCUCUGGUCUUUCUAAGCAUCAUUAGUAGUAAGGGAGGGUCAGUGCCAGCUACAGGUAUUCAGUCACCUCCACUGCCUUGCUAGGACCCUUUGAAGCACACCUCACUUCUCGAAUCAUGUCUAUAUUUAAAAUGUUUUUUUUUUUAAAGAAAUGUGAUAAUGAAAGCCUAAGUUGUGACUAAAGUUGGUCAAUUGGUGUUCAGAAUUUUUUUUUUUUAACAUUUUGGUCCUGCAAACAUUUAAGGUUUUGUGCUGGAAAAGUCACUCAGUAAUUAGAGGCGGGAUAAGCUCCAUGAACCACUGAUGUGACAGCUUUUAAAAAUGUAAUUUGGCUUUCCUGACCCAUGACCUCAUGUCUAUGAAAUGUUUGUUCCUGUUUCUACUGACCGCCUCCCACUCCCCCGGCAUCAUUAUAACCCUAUCAUCAGCUUUUCUGUGUUCAUCUUUUCACUCUGUUUGAUUGCCUUUGUUAGCAUUCUAGUUUUACAUACUCUUCAUAUUGAACGUCUCCAUUUUUUUACAUCAUGGAGAAAACGUUGCUUUAAUUUUCAUAUUUUCUAAGUGUAUUUUCAACAAACAUUUGAAUCUUUUUCCUUCCCGAUUUGGGUACGGUGAUGGUGUAGUCUAUUGUAAAAUAGACUACCGGGAAACAAUACUAUAUAUCUGCCUUUGACAGUCUUAUCUUACCUUCUGGAGAACUUGACGGAUACCCUUAGGACACAACGAGUAUGUUUAAAAAA